AUGAAGGUCACUUCGGCUAUUGCGUUUUUCUCUCUUCUGGCCUCUAGCCAGGCUACUGGAGCGUACUGGGGCUCCGACAAAUUCUACUCCAGCCCGGGUAGAUCGCCCAACAAGUGUAAUGACUACCAGAACAAGGGCUUCAGCUGGUCUGACCUCGCCCCUGGCUCUUUCUCCGACUAUGGUGGCUUCUCCUUCUCUGGUUUCACUUGCGGCAAUGGCUUCGGUUCAAGCCUUGGCAAGCGUGGCACCCAGAAAUGUAUCUCCGGUACCGUCUCCAAAGGUAGCUCCUCUAGCUCCGGCUCCCAAAGCUCCGGUUCUUCGGCUCCAUCGUUUGCCUGCGGCUCGCAUGAGAGCGGCUUUUCUGUGACCAACUUCCACGUUGCCACUGAGAAGGAUACCGAAUUGCACAUCAUCUACAGCAUGCCCGAUGGAUCGACUUGCAAGAACACCGCUUCCUGCAACUCAGCUGGUACUGUGGUCAACAAUGACCAGUGUGGUGGUGCUAAGUCUGUUUACUUCGAGCUGCCCGACGAUAGUGAACACGAGAGCUGCGGCUUCGGCAUCUACAGUGUCGGCUUUGACUGCACUCCUGGUUCCACAACCACUGCGCCUGUCCUUGCCACCACUCCUGUUACCAGAGUUCCAUAUGAACAGAUAUCUGUGUCUGCUGCUUCCAGCCCUAUCGUUGUACCUUCCCUCUCUGUCCCAGGCUCUGCUGUGGCUCCAGUCACCACCACGGCGAUGAGCACACCUCUUCGGAUGACUACAUCGACUGUGUUUACCACCAGUUUGUUCACUAUCACUAGCUGUGCUCCGACUGUAACCGAUUGCCCUGCUGGAUCAGGCUCAACCACUGUGGUGACUUCCACUAUCGCUCUUUCCACCACGGUCUGCCCCGUCACUGAGACAACUGCUACCGCUACAAGCUCGCUAUCUGUUCCUGCUGUACCUAGUCCAAGCAGUGUUCUGCCUGUCAGCUCAUCUGCUGGUGUUACUCCCAGUGCCACGUCCGUUCCCACAUCUUCGGUCUCGCCUUCUUCAUCUGUUUCCUCCGCUGCGACCGAGACCCCUGCUGGACCUUCCACCGCUUCGACCCCGGUGAUUACCACUCCAGUCCAGAUGACUACAUCAACCGUGUACACCACUAGUGAGGUCACUAUCACUAGCUGUGCCCCCGAGGUCGUUAGCUGUCCAGCAGACUCGACCACGGUAGUGACCUCGACUAUCGCUAUUUCGACCACUGUGUGCCCCGUCACUGAGACUACCGCUGCCGCUACUAGCUCACUAUCGACUCCUGUUAUACCCGGCCCGAGCAGUGUUCUGCCCGUUAGUUCAUCUGCUGGCGUUCCUCCUCCUAGUGGCACAUCCGUUCCCACAUCUUCCGUUUCGGCUUCUUCGGCUUCCUCCCCUAUAAGUACCCCAGCUGGAACUUCCGGCCCUUCAACCCCGGCGAUAACAACUCCAGUCCAGAUGACUACCUCAACCGUGUUCACCACAAGCGAGGUUACCAUCACCAGCUGUGCCCCCGAGGUUGUGAGCUGCCCAGCAGACUCUACCACAGUUGUGACUUCGACUAUCCCUAUCUCGACCACUGUGUGUCCUGUCACCGAGACUACCACAGCCGCUGUCAGCUCCACACUACCCGCUGGCCCAAGCUCAACCGGUGUCUUGCCCGUUAGCUCCUCGGUUGUAUCAUCUUUCCCAAGUGGCACCUCAGCUACUUCCGCGUCGGCCGGAAGCUCCUCGGCUCCUGGCGUGACCUCCAAUGCCUCGUCCCCUGCCCCCUCGUCUCCUAUUGGCACUACUAACCCCGCACCUGGCGAGGCCACCACCACUGUCGUUACUUGGGAGACUGUGACGACCUGUCCGGUGACUAACACUGUUACCUCCGGUAGCUCUACUUUCGUGACUACCUCGAGCACAAUUUCAACUGUCACUUUGACUACUGUCUCUACUAUCUGCACUGAGUGCUCCGCUACCGCCACCUCCGUUGCUGGUCAGACCACUGGCCCCGUCUCUUCUUCGUCUGCAGAGGUCUCCAGUGCUCUUCCCAGCGGCCCCGGUGUCACUAGCUCGGUCUCCUCCAGCGUGGGUGCUGAUACCACACCUGCAAUUCCCCAAGGGUCGACUGCAACGGUUAUAACUUAUGUAACUGAGACCACCUGUCCUGUGACUGCCACUGUCACUUCCGGAUCUUCAACUUUCCUCACGACAUCCAGCACGGUAUCAACUGUUACCUUGACCUCCACUCCCAACCUCCCCAGCUCUGUGGCUGCCGGAAGCACUCCCGCUCCCUCUGAAACAGGCAUCGCCUCCACCACUGCUCCUACGGGCCCCGCUGUCACCAGUGUCGUCUCUUCAAGUGUUGGCGCCAACUCUACGCCCACUAUUCCGGAGGGUGCGACUACCACGGUUGUGACUUACGUGACCGAGACCACCUGCCCAGUGACCAGCACGGUCACUUCCGAUUCUUCCACCUACGUGACCACAUCCAACACAGUUUCCACAGUGACCCUCACCUCUGUCUCAACUAUCUGUACCCAGUGCGCCACUACCGCCAGUGCGACCGAGACUCCUUCUCAUUCUACGGCUAGCAACGCUGCGACAGUCCCCAGCGGUGUUUCCCCGGUAUCGAGCCCAGCUCCCUCAGCUCCUUGCCCCAAUACCGUGCCGCAGUGUAUCAACACUUGGCUCACACUCGCCCCCAAGUGCAAAUCGAACAGCGAUGCCUCAUGCUUCUGCCCCAACAGCGAAUUCACUAGCAAAGUCAUCUCCUGCAUUCAAGCCUGGGGCGCAUCCAAGGAAGAGAUCCAAUCCGCCCUCUCCUACUUCACCGGCAUCUGCGCCACCUGGGUCCCCGAGAACCCAGGCAUCGUAACCGCCAUACCUUCAACCAUCACCCUGAUUCCGACAGUCGCUCCUUCCGCGCCCCCAUCCAGCGUGGCUGGCGCCAGUGUCACCGCCAGCGCCGUCGUCCCCAUCACCUCCGCCCCCGCCCUCCCCUGCACAACAAUCACCUACUCGACCUACACCGUCACAGUCCCGCAAGUCAGCUUUGUCACAAACACCGGCUCUAGUGCCGGCGCCGUCCCAACCGUCGGUCUGGUCCCGGCUGGUCCCAGCGGCGCUUCCCCGGCACAGACCGGCGUGGUGCCUGCACGCGCAUCAGCGACAUGGGUGACCUCGAGCGGGUACCCGUACGCCAGUCGAAGCGCCAGUAGAAGCUUCUCGCCCAGCGCAUCCCCGAUCUUCAACUCAGCCUCGAGCGUGACUAUCGCUUCCAGUCUGGUGCUGGCUUCUCUCGCGGCUUUCUUCAGCUUGGUGAUGUAG